AUGGCCACCAACAAAACCGUCCUCCUGGUAAUGGACCUUCAACAAGGCAUCGUCAGCCUCUUCCCCAACUCAGGAGAAUACAUCGCCCGCGUGGCCAAGGCCAUCCACGCCGCGCGCGCCAAGGACAUCCCCAUCAUCUACGUGACGGUGAACUUCCGCCAGGGAUACCCGGAGGUGUCUCGGCGCAACAAGGCGUUUUCGACCGUGCUAGCCAACAGCGGUAACGCUUUCGAGGAAGGUAACUCCGCCGUGCACAUCGUCGAUGACAUCGCCCCCAUGGCCGGAAAGGAUAUCCUCGUGACGAAGCGGCGUGUCUCGGCCUUCGCGGGCAGCGAUCUGGACGUUGUCCUGCGCAGUCUGGGCGCAGAGACCCUCGUUCUCACUGGCGUGGCGACUUCGGGCGUCGUGCUCUCGACGCUCCGCCAGGCGGCUGAUCUGGACUAUGCCGUUACUGUCCUGGAGGACCUCUGUAUGGAUUUGGACCCCGAGGUCCAUCGCGUCCUGGUGGAGAAGGUGUUUCCUAGACAGGCGGAGGUGGUGUCGUCUGAGACGUGGAUUCAGAGUCUUUAA